ACAAUGUAAUUGUCGGCUUUUAUGUUAUCACCUCUGCGGCGUUUGGAUCAACACUAAAAAGUUUCGAAAACGCGUCGAAACACUGCAGAGUUCGAAACAAGCGGAUACUAGACAAAUAUUCGAAAGAGCGAAACUGUAAACCAGUCAAGAGAGCAUUGAGUGAUUCAAUACUCGGAUUUCUGAGGUGGCGUUGGUCAGGGUUUCAUAAAACACAUAACGAACACGCUGAAUAGUGGGACGACGGGCCGAGCACAACUAGGCUUAUCAUCGCGUUUCAGGAUGAGCGAAAUCCUUCCCCAAGUACCCUCCCCGGGUAGUGCUUUGUAUCACCGUAUUCCAAAAUGUGCUCGCUGCCGGAAUCAUGGCGCCCUGUCGUGGCUUAAAGGACACAAACAUUACUGCAGGUGGCGGGACUGUACAUGCUCCAAAUGUCUCCUCAUCGCUGAGCGCCAACGUAUAACUGCUGCUAGAGUGGCUCUUCUACGGCAACAGAGAAAGAACUCGGAGAUGUCUCAAAAACUGGGACAGAAAGAUAGCGACAAAGAUCAAGUGGCAAAGAGUUUUGGCGACGAUGUUUAUCAAAGACCAUCAAUGGUUCUUAACUCGAUACCCGCACUUCAUGGAAGAAAGAGCAGUGACACAGAUUAUGAAGACGAGGGCAUCGAUCAACAGCUUUCCCCAACAGAAUCAGAAGAAAACUUGGAUAUCCAACCUGACGAACCUUCCGAACCUGAAUCAACACUUAUCGACGGAGUCCGAAUAAAAACCGAACCAGAGACAACGACUCCGGAGGAUGAAGAAGAAGGCGGCCUAAGAGUAACACCUUGCGAAAACGGCACUGAACUUCCAUCACCAAAGAGAAAAAUUAAUGGAGAGGUGCAACACGAUGAAAUCGAUGCUUUACGACUCCACUCCAAGAUACCUCGAACAUCUGAAAGCCCCAACGUGGGAAGAAAAAUUCAUCCUGAUCCACUCGGCUUGCUGAUCCGAGCCUUUCCAAGCCAGUGCCGAAGCGUCCUUGAGUUGGUCCUUCAAGGCUGCGGUGGAAACGUUGUUCAAGCCAUUGAGUGCUUGCUUCAGAAUCAGGAAAAGAAACAGCUUCCAUUGCCCAUGCCUGUGCCUGUGAUUGGAAGCGUUGGGGGUCCUCCUGCAACAAUUCAUCCCGCCCUUCACUUUCAAGCCCCCCCACUAUUCCGUAAGCCGGAACCUUUCUCGCAUACUUUCCACAGACCUCCAAUGAGUCCUAGCUGUCCAUUCCCACCGCCACCACCCUUACUGAAGCCAAAGGCACAGGCCAGCGGUUACCCAUUCUCGAUGGAUGCCGUCCUGGGUUCGCCACCGAACAACAUGAACGUUAGUUCGAGCUCUCCAAAGACAGAAGGGAAAUCAGUGGCUGUACACUUUUGCACAAAGUGCGGACGAAAGGCGAGUUGUGAAGACAAUUUUUGUGCCUUCUGUGGGCAAAAGCUUCACAAAUAGCAUAGUUGCAAACCAAUUUCAUAGCCUAGAUGCGUCAACAUCUUUUACGGUGCAAGUUAAGAAUUAGUGAUUGAUAAUAUUAAAAAAGCUUAAAGCUUCAAAAUUGAGUGUUCAAAUACCCAGCGCAUGUUUGUUGGAAAGUUCUUCGACGAGACUCAAAAGAACCUAGGAGACUUUUAGCUUUCAGAGAUGUAAAAAAUGUAAAAAAUUGUGUCAGUGGAAAUGAGAUAAUGCCACUGGAGCUUUUUAGGGUUUAACCACAGGGAAGAUUUUUAUAAUAUAACUGCGCAAUAUUUAACGAAGAGGACAGAAGUUUUUCCGGCAAUCACAAUUAAAUGAAAAGAAAACUUCCUCUGAUGAUAAAGCUAUUUACAAUACAAGUAGUCAUUUUACCAGUAAAAUAUUUGGUAGUUUUCUUUUUUUAUGUGUUCAUCGUUCAAGACGAUGUAAAGUUGCAUGUGUAAAUAAGGAUUAUAUUAUGAUUGAGGUAACAAAAAAAUGGUUUAUCUAUACGAAAAAGAGUCUCGAUACUUUAUUGAAGGCCUUGUACACAAUAAAACGAUGAAAAAUAGUGAUGAUAUUCUAAGCUGAAUUCAAACUGACGUGGGUUAGCACGAAAUACAACCCAAGAAAGCUAAGAAACUUAUCCGGCAACAGUUUGCUUGUUUGAUUGUUUGCUGCUCGGAAAUAAUUUUCUUUGGUAUCAAAAAUUAUCUUUCAUCGUUAGUAUUACUUUAGUGACUAUCAUUAUCAUCAGAAACGUUAUAAUUACUUUGUUUUCAAAAGCUUAUAUUUCUAAUCCCGUUUCAUCAAGGACCAUGAGAUUACUAUGAGUUUUUUCUUUUCUUAACGCUCGGUCGCUUGAUCUGAAAGUUGCAAAAACUUAACAUGAUUUUUGUUUUCAACAUUUCACGUUGUGAUACUUUUCUAUCCUUGUCUGACUUUUCAUGAUGUGUUUUCAUCUAAGAUGUUACUUUGCUAAAAACAGUGUGUAUUUAUUGACAAAAAAAAAGAAAUCUCAAAAGUAAAGGCCUAAGAGUUCAAAUAUCGAGACUUGACAUUUUGUCAGCCUAAAUAUAAGGGUUUUAUUCUAUCAGCUAUAUCAUUCAGAAGAUAUGUGGAAUUCGCGUCCCAUUAUAAAAUAAGCAGCUCAGAAAAAGUGAAUUAAGAGUUUAUUUACUUUUAUAUCUACUAUCACAACUCUGAAUCAAUAGUCUCUUUAAAGGGGUCAAAAACAUUGUCAAUAAUUUCACGGGCGUGUGUUGGGUAAUAAAUAGUAUAUAGCCAAGGAAAAGAUUGAGUAGAGUAAGGUUUUUAAUGGCAAAUAUCUUAUACGAUAAAUAAAAGUAGAGAAUCAUACUAAGAGACGCAUAUGUUCUCUGUGAAUUUUUGUCAAAAUGCAUGAGAAAUUUUUCCUUUUUUUUUUAAACAAGUAGCAUUUCUCCUCACUUUAAGUUAGUCAGUGUAUUAAUAUACAAGUACCUGUACGUGAUUGAAAAUAUAUCAUACAAGAUACAUAUAAUAGCCACUCCUUCAAAUCCAAAUUAAUUGCAUUAGGAAAAUUUGUGAAUUACAUUUUUACAAGAUGGUGAAAUAAAGAA